GGAGAAGCGAAGGAUUUGAGUUGCGAAUUCCAAGUGCUGUCACAGACUACGGGAUGGUUUACGUUUGAUCACAUGGAACGGAAUUCACGUACACUUUACGCCUUUCUAGUCAGUUGUUUACAUGGCAUAAGCUUGGUAACUACGGUCGGCGAAUCUACGUUGGAAUUACAGUGAGCUCCUCAAAAGUCAUUUCAUGCCGAUGUAGGCUACUAUGUGACCAACCACGAAAUCAAGAAAAUAUGGAGGGAGUACUUUAUAAGUGGACAAACUACAUCAGUGGUUGGCAGCCGCGCUGGUUCGUGUUGGAUGGGGGCACUCUGUCGUACUACGACUCCCAGGAGGAAGCCUGGAAGGGCUGCAAGGGCAGCAUCAAGAUCUCUGUCUGUGAGAUCCAAGUGCACCCGUCAGACUUCACGCGUGUGGACCUCACCAUCCCUGGGGAGCAGUAUUUCUACCUGCGCGCCAUCAACGCGGCCGAGAGGCAGAAGUGGCUGGUGGCACUGGGCACCGCUAAGGCCUGCCUCACAGACAACCGCACCAAGAGAGAGAAGGAGCUUCAGGAGAACACAGAGGCACUGAAGACCAAGAUGUCGGAGCUGCGUCUGUACUGUGACCUCCUGCUCCAGCAGGUCAACAAGAUCAAAGACAGUCCAGAUGUAGACCUGCCGCUCUCCACAGAGGCGGGUGGGGACAUGGGCGGUCUGGUGAAGUCCACCUGCAGCACGUUCCUGAGGACACUGGAGGAGUGCAUGCAGAUCGCAAGCCGAACUUUCAACCCUGACCUCCUGACCCUGAGCCCCCCGGGGUCACCCCCCAUCGCCGCCGUCAAGCCCCAGAAGGUGAGGCCCAUUAAUCAGACCAGUCCACACCUUGGUCACAGGAAGCGAGAGGCGAGCAGUUCUUCUCAGUUGGAGCUGACUGGCCUGCCUGAGGCGGGGUUACCUGCGACUGACGCUGGACCAAAGGCUGAUCCUUCACCUGAGCCCCCACACACACCCACCACCGGACCAGAGGACACUCACACACACGCGUCAGAGGAACUCAAGUCCCCAGAUGUCCCCCUGACCGCCCCUCAGAGUUCCGACGCUGUUGUGCAGGAGGAGCAUGACUCAGGCCACACCCACACACAGGUAGAGGGAGGGGCCAACAAGGGCUCCACUGAGCAACCUCCAAUGGAGGAGAAGGAGGCGGAACAGGAAGAGGACGGCAACCAAUCAGGGGAGGAGGAGGAGGAUGAGGAGGAAGGGGUGGAUACAUUCUUCAGCACCAUGAGCCACAGAUUUAGUGAUAUAACCCUGGAGGAGGACUCUGGGAUUCCCACUCAGGCUUUUCUGGACUCUUGCUAUGCUAUAGUACCUGUAUUAGAUAAACUGGGGCCCACUGUGUUUGCUCCUGUUAAAAUAGACUUUGUGGGGAACAUCAAGAAGAUCCAGCAGAAGCUGCAGACGGCCCCGGCGAGCAUGGCGACGCUGCAGGCCAUGGUGCUGCACGAGGUGCAGGCUGAGGAGGCGCAGGUACGCAACUCCGCCACCGAGGCCCUGCUCUGGCUCCGACGCGGCCUGCGCUUCCUAUGGGACUUCCUGUCCGAGGUGCACGCCGGCCAGCAUAACAUCCACGGGGCGCUGAAUAACGCCUACGGACGAACUCUGAGGCAGUACCACGGCUGGGUCAUCAGAGGGGUGUUUGCAUUGGCGCUGCGCGCGGCGCCCUCCUAUGGUGCGUUUGCGUCAGCGCUGGUCUUGCAGGAGGGCGACGAGCUGAAGGAGGGUUUCAGAGCAGCCAUGAGACGAGACCUGGGCGUCUACCUGCCCGCCAUGCAGCAGCAGCUGGACAUCCUGGAUGCCCUGUACGACCAACACAACCUGGAGUCCGACGAGGUGGUCUGACCAGCCAUGCCGUGUGUGUGUGCGUGCCAUGCAGCAACAGCUGGACUUCCUCGGUGCCCUGUACGACCAACACAGCCUCGAGUCCCACGAGGUGGUGUAAGCGAACCACACGGGACCAUCCCCCACGUGCGUGUGUGUUUGUGUGGGAUGGUGAUCUCUGUGGUGUGUGUGUGUGUGUGUGUGUGUGUGUGUGUGUGUGUGUGUGUGUGUGUGUGUGUAUCUGGGGGCAUGAUGCCCUGAUGGCAGGCUGCUGGCAGUUUGCCCACCACGGUACCGGGCGCUGGCAAUCUCAUCUCACUGUGCAGAGUUGCUGACACAUGAAGGAAGAGGUGUGUGUGUGUGUGUGUGUGUGUGUGUGUGUGUGUGCACGCCUCCUCUCCUCUCCUCAGUGCUCCAAACCAGCCUGCAGGCUAUGCUUUGUCUACUACUACUACUAGGGCUGCUUGAUAGUGUUACUGUUCACCACAUUCCGUCUUAAACUGUACAACACACACACGCACACGCACACGCAUGCACACGCACGCACACACACACAUUCUCCUGUAUCAUGAGUUUACAGCAGCCCAUCAGCUCCUUGAUUUCCGGUCUGGGAGAGAAGAGAGGCAUCCACUCUGCGUCCACUCUCCUUUAACGGAGGCUGUGUCGGCUGUGUCCACUCUCUCCUCUAACGGAGGCUGUGUCCACUCUCCUCUAACGGAGGCUGUGUCCACUCUCUCCUUUAACGGAGGCUGUGUCCACUCUCUCCUUUAACGGAGGCUGUGUCCACUCUCCUCUAACGGAGGCUGUGUCCACUCUCUCCUUUAACGGAGGCUGUGUCCACUCUCCUCUAACGGAGGCUGUGUCCACUCUCCUCUAACGGAGGCUGUGUCCACUCUCUCCUUUAACGGAGGCUGUGUCCACUCUCUCUUUUAACGGAGGCUGUGUCCACUCUCUCCUUUAACGGAGGCUGCGUCCACUCUCUCCACUCUCUCCUUUAACGGCAGUUGUGUCCACUCUCAGUCUUUUGACCAGCCACACACCCAUUCCUUGCCUUCCCACAGCAGUUCUUAAUUAUUCUUAAUUAUAAGUAUUCAUUAUGUCCUUAGUAUUGCUGCCUCUGGAUGUUGUUUUAGUUUUUAUUUAUGUUUUUACUGUUGGCCAAACGAGGCGCCGGCCUGGUGGCACAUGGCGCCAGAGAGCGAGGGGGCCAAAUUUGGACCCAGAGGAACCAGAACUUUCAGAACUGACAGAGUCCUCAAUGGCAGGAGAGUUCUGACUCUUAGCAGCGGCGUCACAGCAGCUUACGAUGCUCAGAACUCCGAACUCUGGAAGGAUGAGCUGUGGAGCGCAGAAAAACGCACAGAACUCUGUAAUGAAGCAUCUCAAACCCCCAAGCUGCAGAGAGGAGCGCUGGGAGAACUUCCUGGAGAGAAGCAGCGUCAUCUUCCUGCACUGCAGGUGCCCCAAGCAGCAUGACGCACAAUGAAGCUUACUUUCAUUCAGGAACAACCUUAUUUAUUAUUAUUAUUAUUAUUAUUAUUAUUAUUAUUAAGAUAUUAAUGUAAGUUAAACGCAUACGAAUCCGUCAUCACUUUAUGCACUAACAUAAAACAUUAUGCUUUCUCAUGUAUCGCAUGUUUGUAUAGCAUGUGAGGACGUGAGAUGUUCUAGACCAGAGGACAGAGAGAGAGUGUGUUAUUUUAAUCUGAGUCUAAUGUAAACCUUGAAAUCCUCAGGAGGGGGUUCUUGGUGUUGGAUAAAUCAUGAUCAGACAAACAAAUUGAACUGAGAGUUUCUUCAGCGCCUGCUCAAAACCAUACUUUACAUCUCCAAACUCUUUUUCUCCUCCACCCAACUUCAAAGCAUUCUGGGAAAUGUAGUGAAUCCAAGUUUAACAAGGAAACACAUUUUCAGUUCCUACACCAAUAUCAUUUGAGUAGUGUUUGCACACUGCCACAAACAAACCCCAACUCUUGGGUCCGUGUGCAUGGUCAGCCUCUGUUUGGUGUUUGUUUGAUGGAGUUAUUGGAGUUUGACAUGACCAAAAGUCAGUCUUUUCAAUUACUUUUGGACAUGUCAAACUCAAACAACUCCAUCCAGCAGACUCAUUGUGCACACUGACCCAAAUGUUGGUGUUUGUUGGGAUAGUGUGUGAACAGACUGCAGUCCAUUUCUUCUCCUUUUUUAUUUAAUUGACCAUCAGAGCUCACUGCAGCGUGACCAUGAAGGCCGUCAGUGGGAUCAGUGCUGCUGGCUGCGUAGCGAGAUCUCCCAUGAUGUCGACCGUAUGACUGACCAGUGCUGCUGGCUACGUAGUGAGAUCUCCCAUGAUGUCGACCGUAUGACUGACCAGAGCGGCCAGGCUGGCUCUGCUCAUGGACUUCUCCUGCCGUCAUAAUUCCAUAUGAAAUUGUAAUUGUGCAAUGUGAAUAAUUUUUUUAUGUAAAACUUAACACUGUACUUAACCUGUACUUUUCAUAAAAAUCUGCCUAACAAUG